UUUCCUUCUAUAUAUAACAGGAUCCAUCUUAUAAGAUGACUAGAUAAAAUAUUUAACUGUUUCUAUUUAGUAUGUUGAAAAUGUUUUAAAUAUUGAUUCAUUACGAGAUUUAAUAUAAAGGCAUAAUAUUUGAAAUUAACAAAGCCAUGGAAUCAAUAGACGGAUUUCGAGUGUCAAGAUUUCAGUUUAUGACGUAUGGAGCAAUUUCUUUGGUUAUUGCAUUGUGGUGUUACUACAAAUGGAACCGUAAGGAAAUUAAUUGAUUUGCAGCUAAACUAAAAGAGCCUCAGAAAAGGUUGUCUCUCGAAAGAACCGAAUCGUAUUGUAGUAAACCGACAUUUUACAUAAAUAACGUCGUUUCAAAGUAUAGUCAAAGUAUAGAACAACAUCACGCCACUGGAUCGGAACAUUUAUGCUGCCACCCAAUUCGCUAAGGACGAGUUUUGGUACAUCGCGCCAUUCCUAUGACGUCAAUCAUCCUCUCCCUAAUUACUGCAUGUCCCAUAUAAAUAGGAGUCGUUAUUAAAGAGGUUUUUAGAGGUAGUUGAAUAUUCAAUUAUAAACCUUAAUGCAAAUAGCUACUCUCUGGCAGAACACUUAGAUUCUGUCGACAAAUUUGUAAUUGUAUAAUUAUUUUGUUAUUUAAUAAAAAAAAAGUUUAACUUUAUUUCAACGUGUCAAAACAAACUUCGUUACUAAAAACUCUCAACUCCUUCCAAUUAGUCAACACUUGGAAACGUGCAUUCGUCGUUAAAAAGCGUGCAGUAAUCAAGCGGUGAGAGUGAUCAGGUUACUACAUAAAAAUAUGGUGUCAGGUGCGGGGUAAUUCUUUAUCGAAGGAAAAUUUUUGAGUAAAAUCAAAAAAAAAAAGUACUUCGAGAGUCACCGACGAAACCACGUUCACGACCAGACUAAGAGGAAGAGGUUCAGAGAGUCAGUAACACGCAAAUCAAGUCCAGAGAGGAAAAUAAUUCAAGUCAAGUCCAGGGAGCAUCACACACACAUUUAAUUCAUUUCCAGGGCAAUCCAAGAAGGACGGAAGUCAAGUCAUUUCACGGGCCACAUCUGAAAAUGCAAACUCUCAAGUUCCAUAGAACAAGAACCAUGGUGUAGAAGAAAUCACAAUAUGAGACCAAGGCGAAUAAUCAAACGAAAACCAGCAACUGAACUAGUGGAAUUUCAAGUACUAGUCCAACCCCAAGAACCUAAACAAUCAGAAUCAAAUAAUGAUAGUUCAGUAACGAGCAAUUCUCAAAAUCCACCAAAGGACGACAUUUCUCAAGUGAAGAUUAAGAUUGAGAUGUGACGUCCACAUCUCAAAAUAUGAGAUAUUCCGUGUAUCCACGUUUAUGAUACGGAGUAUCAUUCUAAGAGGGGAGGAAUGUAGUAAACCGACGUUUUACAUAAGAAACGUCGUUCCAAAGUAUAGUCGGUCAGAACAACAUCACACCACCGGAUCGGAACAUUGAUGUUGCCACCCGAUUCGCUAAAGACGUGUUUCGGUACAUCACGCCAUUCUUAUGACGUUAAUUAUCCUCUCCCUAAUUACUGCAUGUCCCGUAUAAAUAUUAGUCGUUAUUACAGAGGUUUUUAGAGGUAGUUGAAUAUUCAAUUAUAAACUUUAAUGCAAAUAGCUACUCUCCGGCAGAACACUUAGAUUCUGUCGACAAAUUUGUAAUUGUAUAAUUAUUUUGUUAUUUAAUAAAAAAAAGUUGAACUUAAUUUCAACGUGUCAAAACAAACUUCUUUACUAAAACCUCUCAACUCCUUCCAACUAGUCAACUCUUGGAAACGUGCAUUCGUUGUUAAAGAAGCGUGCAGUAAUCAAGCGGUGAGAGCGAUCAGACUACAUUUUAAGGACUUCAGCACCAAUGCUUGGCAAUCAUUAAACUAUAUUUUAAAAUGGCUUGUAUCCAAAUAUUAUCUAACCAUAAUGGUAAGGUGCGAUGCCAAUAAUAAUAAAAUACAAGAGUGUAUCUGAAAGCAUUAAAGUCACAACACAUCAUUGGAGAUAACAAUAUUAUAAAAUAUUUCUACAAAUAAUAAUAACCGAAAUGGACAUAGUUAUGGAAUUAACUAGUUGGAUUCGAUCCAAGUCUAUUGUUUGUGCAGUAAUAUUUUCAGUUAUAACUGUUCUAUGGUGGUUUCACUACAAAUGGAAUCGUAGAGACAUUAAUAGAUUUGCAGCUAAACUAAAAGGGCCUCCAUCAUACCCGAUCAUUGGUUCGGGGCUCGAAUUUAUCGGAACAUCUCAACAGGUCAUUGAAAAUUUAAUAAAACUCGGUGAUAAAUAUGGGCCCGAACCAUUCAAAAUCUGGAUGGGUACAUCUUUUAGCAUAUUCAUAAUUAAUCCAGAAGAUUUGCAAAUUAUAUUAAAUAGUUCCAAGGCCCUUCAAAAAGGCAGUUUUUAUAAAUUUUUAAAGAACCUGAUCGGUGAAGGCUUAUUAUCAGCUCCAGUUGAUAAGUGGCGAGUGCAUCGUCGUUUAAUUUCUCCUGUGUUUAAUGCCAACCUUCUGAAUCAGUUUCUUCCUGUUUUUCAUCAGAAAAAUAAGGUUCUGAUUGAAAAAUUAAGCAAGGAAAUUGAUAAAACACAACCAUUUGAUCUUUGGGAAUACAUAGGACCCACUACUCUUGAUACAAUUUGCCAAAAUAUGAUGGGUUACAAUCUCGAAACUCAAUUAAGCGAUAAGUUCGAAUUCUUUGAUACAAUAUUGAAAGCAUCAGAAUUAGAUGUAAUGAGGAUAUUCAAACCAUGGCUUCAUCCGAAUAUCAUAUUCACAAUUUAUCGAAAACUCACAGGUUUACAAAAUAUCUAUAAGACAUUGAACAAACUACCAAAUAAGGUAAUCAAAGAAAAGAAAGAAAUAUAUAUUCAGAGAAAAAUAACUAGUAAAACGAAUGGUUUGGAUGAUUCUACGUACGGAGACAUAAAAAAACCUUCGAAAGGGUUUCUGGACACGUUAUUAGAAUUGAAUGAAGUUGGUGCUAAUUUAACAGAUAUAGAAGUUCGGGAUGAAGUAGUGACUAUGAUGAGUGCUGGAAGUGACACUAGUGCUGUUACAAUAUGUUUUUGUCUUUUAUUGUUAGCCAUUCAACCAGAUAUCCAAGAUAAGGUUUAUGACGAAAUUUACAGCAUAAUGGGCGAUGGUGAUGAAUCAAUUACCAUCGAAGACACAAAUAAGCUCGUUUAUCUAGAACAAGUGAUAAAAGAAACCCUUAGGCUAUUCCCAGUCGCGCCUAUGUUUCUGAGAGUACUCCAAGAUGAUGUUAAAAUUGUUUCUUGUCCAGAUGUAGUUCCAAAAGGAACAACAUGUAUUCUAGCUCCUUUAUACACACACCAUAUUCCUGAGUUGUACCCAAAUCCUUGGUCAUUCAAACCGGAGAACUUCAACCCCGAAAAUGUAGAAAAACGGCAUAAAUACAGUUUUAUACCUUUUAGUAGUGGUCCAAGAAAUUGUUUAGGAUCCAAGUAUGCUAUGCUGUCAAUGAAAAUUAUGAUAUCUACGUUCUUGCAAAACUUCAGCGUGUACACCGAUACUAAAAUAAGUGACAUCAAAUUUAAAUUAGACUUAUUAAUGAGAAGUGCUAAUGGAUAUCCAGUAACUAUUCGACGAAGAGAUAGAAGGCCCACAUACAAACGAAAUUAGAUACCUAACGAAUGAGCUCAGUUUAAUACGCGUAGAACUCAGUUUUGUCCAUUAUUUAGAUAAAAUAUAGUUAUCUUUUUAUCUUA